AAUAUCGUACGGGUGAAGACGUCUUCUGUUCGUCUGGCUCUGGCUCUUACUCCCAUAACAAAUAAUAAACCGAAUAAUCGAGCAUAGUGAGACAACAUAAAUAACAAUAACGAAUAAUAUGCAACAAUCUAAGUAAUAUUCACAAGAAGCCCGAAACAACAAAACGCUACGAAUAAAACCCAGUCGGAGAGCGGAAAACUUUGUCAUAAAUAAGUUUACGGCAAAACCUCCAUAUUACUUCAAUCACGAAACUGAAAGCAAAAAAGGAAGCUGUGGUAGAUUGAGUUGCUGCCACAGUUUUUAACCUGACUUACCUGAGUGUUUCUGCUCCACAAACUGACAUUCAGAGCAUUGCCAAUGAUGUUGAUGCCGCUUAAAGGCAAUUCCAAAUACAAAAUGCGGUGUACGCAGCUCAACUUGUUGUGCGCUUUAAUUGUACUGGUAAUCCUUGGCUAUACAAGCGCAGAAUCAAAGUAUCGAACUCCAGCCCGGAUUUUAGCUAAGCAAACGGGAGCUACUCAAUUCGAGGAGGAACGCUAUGAGGCCCAUACGAACUGCAAUGAACACAAGCACCACUUAAAGAAGCGUGCUUCUGAUGAGGAUGUUGAUUACGAGGUGUACCAAGGAGUUGUUGGGCGACCGGGCAUCGACUUUCCCAUCUACCCACGAAUUCCGAAGACCUCGUUCAGUUGCCGUUCAUAUGGCAACGGCUACUUUGCCGACAUGGAAACCGAUUGUCAGGUCUUUCAUAUCUGUGAGGAGGGCCGUAAGAUCUCGUUUCUCUGCCCUAAUGGCACGAUCUUUCAGCAGAGCGAGCUCACCUGCGACUGGUGGUUUAAGGUCAACUGUCUGGGAUCCUCGGGCUAUUACGCAGAGAGUGCAGAGAUCCUCAACAAGCAGCGAGUGCAUCGCGUGCGUCCUUCUGUUCCCGUGCAGGGAUUUAAUAUCGUGGGCGGUGGGCUUAACAUUAAACCCAAAGUCACCCCAGUUGCUGGACAGGGAAGGUCUGCUGCACCGCGAGCCAAUCCGGACAGACGUAUCGAUUCCACGGAAGAUGUGCCCGCCUCAGUGGAGAGUGUGGACUUUGAUGAUGUGUCUGGUGAGAAGCAGCGCAAGGUUCUACCCAGCAUCGAUAACAAUAGUAACGAUCAAGAGAGUCAGAUUACUGCGGAAAGCUCGUCAUUUGUUAGCGGUUCCGGCAAGCGGAGAACCAAUAAGGAGAGCAACCCGAAUCGUAACGAUGACAUCACGGUCCUAAAACCUGCACGUCUCAGGACACCGGUUGCCACCCAGGAAAGGGGAGUCUCCACUGAAAGAGCACGAAAUGGACAGCGAGGACAGCAUCGUUACAGUGGAAGUGAGGAACACAGCAAGGAGAGGGAAAGGCCCACCCCCGGCCAAUCCAAGGAAAAGCCCGAGUUCUUUGAAGCUCAUUCUACCCGAUCAGUGCCACAAACCACAGCUCACUAUUCCACCGGGAGCCAUUCCACCGUACGUCGUCUUGAGCCCAGCAAAUCCACGCCAUUCUACACUCCCACUGUGCCCAGUUUGGUAAAGUCGAAGAGCACCGAGGGCAAAUUAAACUACAUCAAGGGUGGUCAUGUGGCCACAACACCCAAUCCUCACAGAUUCGGAAGUGCCAGCUCAGGUAUUUUUAUUGAAUCCUCUGUGGCUCCAAAGGUCAAGCCCACCGCUAGCGCCAGCAUCGAACUAGACAGCACCUUCAAGCCGGUCAUCAUUGGCAUGCGCCAUCACUAUGAUGUGGCCAGUUCCGGCGAGUUCCGACCCCCGUCGAAGUCCACCGAGAGUCGGGAUUAUCUGCCAACUACACCUUCACCAUCGGCCGCUAGUAGCGGUCCAACUUAUUUGCCCAUGAGUGGAAAGUCGCCAAGAGUGAAUACCGGCGGUGCAGCUGGAGAGGAUGUCUUGUUGUUCGCCCCCAAUCCUGUAAAAGAAGAGUCUGUUUUCCGCAAUGUUCAGGAUAUGCUGAAAACAAUGAAUCUCUUGAAGGAUCAGUUCGAGGACGUGGAGCUAAAUGCUGCGGCGGCAGCUCCCGCUAGAGUUGGCCUAGAGAUUCCACCUUCCUCCGGUCCAGAUGCCCUGGUUUCAUUUGCCAAAUACUUUGCACAAGAGCACAAUGAAACUAUUAAUUCCCUGAGUAAGAAGGAUAAGUCGGAGAAGGUAGACAAAACUGGUGUUCAAACCAAGCUAUCCGUGAAGCCACCACUUCCAACUAUCAAGCCAUCGGACACCACUGCUCUACUAACCACCUCGGAGAAUCCUCCAGCCAUUAGUGACAAUGCGGACGAUAUCAAGAAGAGUCUUCUGAGUGAUACUACCGUGAAGAAGUACAGCAAUCUGUUUGGACUGAAGUCGGCCCAAGGUCGUGGUGCUGGCGAGUCGGAUAUUAGUUCGGGCUUACUCUCUAAUCAGACCAACGGAACCCAAUCAGAAGCGGGAUCGAAAUACCAGCAGUACCCGCAGAUAGGCAGCACUGGAUCCACCAUUGGCGCACUGGCGGAGAAACCCGAAACUCGAAAGAUCGCUCAAAUCUUCUCCAACGCUUUGUCCAGCUAUCUUGAUAACCCAGCUACUUUCCGUGCGGAACUGGCUGCCCGAGCUCGCCCUACGGAGCCACCAAGUACUCCCAACUUUAAGCCCGUGACCACAACGGAUCCGUCGCUCUUCAGUGAUGGAACUGCCAAGUAUUAUCUGCCCACCAAGGGAUUGCCGGACGCGACCACCCCCACACCGAACAGCAUUGCAGCGGAAAUAAACCAUAAAUUCGAUUCUACUCUGGCCCCAGAGUUCUCCACCACCACUGAGCUGUACGAAGGUAGCACGAAUCGCGGCCUUGAGUUCUCUGGGGAGCUUUCGCCGCCAAGUCAGGAUUCCGGAGAGGAGUUUCUGCAGCAACAGCAAACGCAAUCGUUUGUAAAGUCUCGCAACGAUCUGCUCAAGGAUGCUAGACCUCAAAAGCUAGUUACGACCCACAAGCCCACUGAGCAUCCGUGGGCACUCAAGUCGCAAACGGACUUCCUCGAUCCCCUAACCAUCAACGAUGGUCUGAUGAAGGAGCAAAGAACUUCCACUAGCAGUUCCACAACCUCCACCUCUACAACAGCAUCACCAUUUGCCUACAGGGUGACCACACCCACGCCAUCUCGCUACGAGUGGGAGGACAUCUUCCGUAGCUACGACAUUCCCAGGGACGCACUGCCUUCCAGUAGUGGGCUGCAGAGGAUUGCCAAUAAGUUGUUCGGUGGCCUCAACGAACAGGAGGCACUGCACCUGCGCAACGUCAUGGCAAAAGCGGAGCACGAUCGCCAGGUACUAAGUCUGCUGCUGCUGCUCAUCCAGACCUGCGAUGACCACAAUGGCAAGGCGCUGGAAAGGAGCCGUAAGCACCUGCUAAACGCACUAAUCGAUAUUGAUAGCAAAACACAUGCUGGAGGCAAGACCUCCAGGCAGAGAUUGACCACCACCACCAACCGCAUCCCAGUGACCACAUUCCGACGUGGUGGCGCCGCCGCAGCCGAAUACUUCACCAGUACCACGCCUGGCUAUACGACAACCACGGAUCUGCCCACCACGACAGGGUUGGGGGCAGGCAGCUACGAGGAGACCACCAAGUUCGAGAUACGCGUCGAGGAUCUGGAGGAGGCCACGACGACGACGGCCCCUCUACUGGAGGUCAACUCGGACCGCAGGGCCCUGGAGCUGCUCAAGUCAUUAUAUUCGCUGGCGUCCAAGUUCAGCAGCAGGCGAUAGAGCGAGGACGGUGGCGGUUCCUAGACCUUGCGAGUUAAUGCCUAACUUUAGUCAACUCCACUUCCCCCUCUUCAAUUCAGUUUGAAUUUCUUUAAUCUAAAACAUCCUAUAACUAUUUGGAUUCUGAACCAGUUACUUGUUAAUCGACUUCGUUUAGCCAAUGCAAUUGCGCAAUUAGUUUGUAAAUAUGUAAUCGAAAUACUCGACGAUGAGAGCCCUGAAAUACUCCCACGCCCAAAACAGGCAUAGACUUGGUUGUUCCUGAUGCCCAGCCAAGCAGUUUCCGUUUAAGUUUAAUCGAGAGUUGUAUUAAAUUAGUUUCUUACUGCUUAGUCUUAACGAACGAGAACACUUUCCAACCAGAGUAUCCAGUAGGAGCGAUCUAUUUGAACCAUCUGUACGUCUUGAUGUCUGUUUGUAAAUAUUUAUUUAAACUUAAUAAAGUACAUAU